AUGGAACCAAGCCCUCCACCCCAUGAAGACCAAAAGCCAAUGAUGAACGAACAUGAAAAACAGAAGCUCAACGAACGCCUAAAGAUCCUCCAAGCCGAAGAAAAAGCCCUCCUGAAAGUUAUGAUCGACUUGAACAGCCAAGCAAGGAAAUUGGGGCUCGAAAAGAUCCGGUUACUCGAAUUGGCCAAGCAAAAAGUCAAGGAGGAAGAAGAAUUUUGA